AUGGAGGGUGGUAUGACUCCAAUGCCCGGUGGAGCAGCUGCCGGUCCAAAAUCAACAAGUAUGAUUUACAUUUGUGGAGAAUGUCAUUAUGAGAACGAAAUCCGACCUAAGGACGCUAUUCGAUGUCGAGAGUGUGGUUAUAGAAUUUUGUACAAGAAAAGGAGCAGGAAAUUGAUGGUGUACGAUGCUCGAUAA